AUGUCUGCACGCGCUCCCUUUGUCGUUCCCGCGCUCAAGAAGCACACCGCGACCGUGAUCAUGGCUCACGGUCUCGGGGACAGUGGCGCCGGAUGGAUGGAUCUCGCCCGCACCUGGCGCCGUCGUGGCAAAUUUGAGGAAGUUACCUUCAUCUUCCCUAACGCACCUGCCAUCCCGAUCACAGUGAACUUUGGAAUGAGCAUGCCCGGCUGGUACGACAUCUCCAAACUUGGUCGCGACGUAAGACUCCCUCACAUCAUCCCCUACAAGGGCGCACCACUAACGGCGCCCCAGCUGGACUUCGAAGAGGCAAUCCGCACACAAGACGAGGCCGGCAUCCUGAAAUCGCGCGACUACUUCAACACUCUUAUCAAGGAGCAGAUGGAUAAGGGUAUCAAGUCGAACCGCAUUGUGCUGGGCGGUUUCUCGCAGGGCGGUGCCAUGUCUGUCUUCUCGGGCCUUACGAACAAGGAGAAGCUGGGUGGUGUGUUCGGUCUUUCUUGCUAUAUGCUUCUUAGCGAUCGCAUUAAGAACUACACACCUGAAGACUGGCCUAACAAGGAUACACCGUUCUUCUUGGCUCAUGGUGAUGAGGAUGAGGUGGUUCCUCAUGCGUUUGGAAAGCAGUCGGCCAAGAUGUUGAAGGACCUUGGUGUUGAGAAUGUCGAGUUCAACACCUAUCCUGACCUUGGCCACUCCGCUGAUCCCAGCGAGAUUGAAGAUUUGGAGAAGUUCCUCAUGAAGACGCUCCCCAUGGAGGGCGACACCUCUGCUGGCUUAUGA